UGCUUCCUUCCAAUCAGUCAGGGCCGACAACCACAUCGUGAGCUUCUCGUCUUUGUAUUAAAAACAUCUGACCCCUUCGUCUGUUCCUCUCAACCAGUGACUGGUUUUCGACCCCCCCUACCCCAUCCCUCCACCUCUUCCUCCUCCUCCUCCUCCUCCUCCUCCUCCUCCUCCUCCUCCUCCUCCUCCUCCUCCUCCAAGAUGAACUGGGGUGGGCUGCAGUCCCUCCUCAGCGGGGUGAAUAAAUACUCCACGGUGUUCGGACGUGUCUGGCUCUCCAUGGUCUUCGUGUUCCGCUUCUUGGUGUUUGUGGUGGCGGCUCAGCGCGUCUGGGGAGACGAGAGUAAGGACUUUGUCUGUAACACGGCCCAGCCAGGCUGCGUCAACGUCUGUUACGACCACAUCUUCCCCAUCUCACACAUCCGCCUGUGGGCCCUGCAGCUCAUCUUCGUCACCUGUCCAUCUCUGAUGGUUGUGGCGCACGUCACGUUGCGUGAGGAGAAGGAUUCCAAGUACUCCGCAAUGCAUGAAGGGUCGCAUUUGUACGCUAAUCCAGGGAAGAAGAGAGGAGGCCUGUGGUGGACCUAUCUGGCGAGUCUGAUCUUCAAGGCGGGCUUCGACGGCAGCUUCCUCUACAUCCUCUACUACGUCUACGAGGGAUAUGACAUGCCUCGUCUCUCCAAGUGCUCCCUGGAUCCCUGCCCCAACACCGUCGACUGCUUCAUCUCCCGUCCCACCGAGAAGAAGAUUUUCACCAUCUUCAUGGUGGUCUCCUCAGCCGUCUGCAUCCUCAUUUGUAUCUGUGAGAUGGUCUACCUCAUCUACAAGAGGAUCCAGAAGCUCGUCAGGAAGAAGGUGGUGGAGAGUCACGAGAGGACGUCGUUGACGACGGCGCGGAGGUCGAGAUCCAAGUCUACGAGAUCCAAGUUGUCUGUCAGGGAGGACCCCACCAACACAGCCUCCAUUCAGAACCUCUGUAAUGUCAUGACGGAAUGUCAUGACGGAGGCGGAGCCGUCAGAGAAGAAGAAAUAAUAGAUCACAUGACGCGGUGAAGCUGGAAUGGGUGUGGGGGGUGAA